AUGCCUUGGAACAUGUCAAAUGUGUUGUUAAAUUCUGAAGUUGCAUGGUUGGUUGAUAAUGGUUUGAGUGGUGGCCUUCCUCAAUUAACUUCAAAUGUGAGUGUUUUCAAAAUAAUUUCUAACAAUUUGACUGGGCCUCUUUCUCAUCUGUUAUGCCAUAAUAUGAAAGAGAACACCAAUUUGAUGUACUUGGACGUCUCUGAUAACAAUUUGUCUGGAGGACUCACUGAAUGUUGGGGGAACUGUAAAUCUCUUAUUCCUAUUAGUUUAGGAAGAAAUAAUCUAACAGGCAUGAUUGCGCACUCAAUGGGUUCUUUAUCCAACCUUAUGUCGUUGGAUAUUUAUGAUACAAAGUUGCAUGGGGAGAUACCAAUGUCAUUGAAAAAUUGCCAAAAACUUGUGAUUGUUAAUCUUGGUAAAAACAAAUUUUCUGGAAUAAUACCAAAUUGGAUUGGAAAGGAUAUGAAAGUUCUUCAAUUGAGAUCAAAUGAAUUUAGUGGUGACAUUCCUUUACAAAUAUGUCAACUAUCCUCUCUCUUUGUUUUGGAUCUCUCAAAUAAUAGAUUAACUGGAAAAAUACCUCAGUGCCUACCAAAUAUCACCUCCAUGACUUUCAAUAAUGUUACACUAAAUGAAUUUGAUAUUUCAUAUAAUGUUUUCGGUGUCACUUUUAUAACCCCUAUUACAUUAUUAUCAAAAGGCAACGACUUAGACUAUUAUAAGUAUAUGCAUGUUAUUGACCUUUCUAACAACCAUUUUUCGGGUAGAAUACCUUCAGAAGUAUUUAGACUCACUGCAUUGAAAUCCUUGAACUUGUACAAAAUCAAUUAA